AGAAAGCCAACAGUACAAAUACUAAAAAAUCAAAAAUUCCAUUUCCCCACUCACUCCAGGCACCGUUAUUUGGUUCAUUUACUGCAUAAACCCACCCACUUGCAACUUCCAGAUCUUUUGCUUCUUCCUUUUUUGUCAAUAUUAACCAUAGAUCUUCUCGCUAAAGUUUGCUGAAGAAGUGAUGAAGAUUCAGUGUAACGUUUGUGAGGUUGCGGAGGCGAACGUUUUGUGCUGCGCCGAUGAGGCGGCGCUGUGUUGGUCGUGUGAUGAGAAAGUUCAUGCUGCUAAUAAGCUUGCUAGUAAACAUCAGAGAGUUCCUCUGUCUGGUUCUUCUUCAUCUAUGCCUAUGUGUGACAUCUGCCAGGAUAUGGUUUGCAUAUGGCAUGUGGAGGGCUCAUCUAGGGGUUCUUAAUGUUAAACUAUGGAGUACCUGUUUCCCUUAUUUGGCAGUCCUUUUGGGCAAGAGAUUAAGGAAGCAAGAGGAAACAGUUGGCUAUUUCUUUUGUCUUGAGGAUCGGGCAUUACUUUGCCGAAAAUGUGAUAUUGCUAUUCACACAGCUAAUCCUCAUGUUGCAGCUCACCAAAGAUUUUUGCUGACUGGAGUGAAAGUAGGACUUGAACCUGUUGAUCCUGGUGGUAUUUCAUCCUCAGGGACGUCAUUGUCCAUUCAGAAGGUUUCUGAGCCAGAGUCUGCUCCACUUUCUAAACGAAAUGCCCCAGUAUCAUUGGAUGCUCAAUUUAACAAAGUAUUACCUACCCAGGCUAGUGGAGUUGGGGAUUUUGCUCCUACUAAGUCUCCAUUUGCUGGAGGUUCUGCAGCUGGAAGUAUGCCCCAAUGGCAGUUCGAUGAAUUUAUUGGUCUGGGUGAUUUCAAUCAAAAUUUUGGAUACAUGGAUGAUGGAUCAUCUAAGGCGGAUAAUGGCAAGCUUGGUGGAGAGUCAGACUCUUCAUCAAUCUUAAGAGUUGAAGAUGAAGAACUAGAUGGUGAUGAGUGCUUGGGUCAGGUGCCAGACACAUCUUGGGCAGUGCCACAAGUUCCUUCCCCACCUACGGCCUCUGGACUUUACUGGUCCAAAACUUACCAGAAUCCAUUCGACUCUGCAGUGUUUGUGCCUGAUAUUAGUUACUCCCCUUCAUCGAGCCUUCAACAACAACCUCCAAGUGGUACUCGUCUGAAACGAAGAAGGCAGUGUUAAUGCACAUUUACUUUAAGCUUCUUCACUCACGUUUGUGAUAGGUGAUUCAGACCCCUAAGUUGUUCACUCAUGUUAGUGAUAGGUGUUUCAGACCCCUAAGCUCUUCACUAAAGUUAGUGAUAGGUGUCUAGAUAGAACAGUGUGUGGUAGUUGAAAUUUGAUUUGAAGUUAUUUCAGCAAUGAUUAUUGUGUUUCUCCUUUGUAAGUAAUCUGCACUGUCUGCUGCAGUUACAUAGAAUGCCAAAAGUGUAUUAGUUCCACUCCAAUUCCCAGAAGUUGUACAAGAAAAUAAAUGUGUAAACUGGAACCAGAGAAAAAUGACCAUUGUAUCAUCUUAAUUUA